GCUCUGUCAGUAUCCCCAGGAGAUCGUCCUGCAGCUGGUGGAGAGGUGCCGCAUUCGGAAGCUGCAGCUGCUCGCUCACCAGUACAUGAUCUCAAGCAAGAUCGAGUUCUACAUCAGCGAAAGUUUGCCUGAGUACUUCGCCCCUUAUCAGUCAGAGAGGUUCCAGAGACUAGGCUAUGUCCCUCUCUCAGACAAUGAAAAGACAGAUUUCAAGGCUCGGGAGUUAAAGUCUGUGUACAUGGAUGCAGUUGGGCAGUACCUGAAGCUGAUUUUCCAUAAAAACUAUGUCAAUAAACACAACUUGUAUGGACAGGUUGCCCUGGUAGCUGUGAACAUCAUUGGGGAUCCAGCAGACUACAGCAGUGACAGCAUGAUCAGUCCUUCCAGAGAGAAGCUGAUAGACCACUAUUUGGGGAUUAAGUCAGAUGAUCCUGCCUUAGAUGGAACUUACCUCAGGAAACCUGACUCCAUCUCACCUCUGGAUGAUUUGGCUUUUGACAUGUACCAGGAUCCAGAAGUGGCUCAGAUAAUCCGUAGGCUGGAUGAGAAGAAGUGGGAAGCUGUUCAUCACGAGCGCUAUGACCACGCCAAGAAGCUCAAACAGGCCAUUGCAGACCUGCAGAAGGUGGGGGAGCGGCUGGGGCGGUACGAGGUGGAGAAGCGCUGCGCCGUGGAGAAAGAGGACUAUGACCUUGCCAAGAAGAAGAAGGAGCAAAUGGAUGAGUACAGGUUGAAGGUGUACCAGCAGCUGGAGCUCCAUGACCUCCUGGACGCUCAGCUGCUGAUCAGAAGACCACCAGAGUUGUCUUUGGGGCCUGUGGUUGAUGCUGCCAGUCCUCAGCUCUCCCCUCCUGCACGCACAAACUCACCUGAAGGAGAGCCACAGCAGGCUGAGCCUGUGCUGGGAGAGGAGUCAGCAGAUCCCACUUCUGCUGAGCCUCUUGUUCCCCACAUGUCCCCUCCUCCCGCUCUGACUCAGCCCACAACCUCCAAGGAUGUGUUUUCCGAGGAAAAUGUUGAGUUUUUGCCUUAUGACGAGAGGCCUCUCCCAGCCAUCUGCAAGCAGGUGGAUGAAGCUGUUGCCUACCUUGAGCCAGAGGUGGCUGAAGAGGACACCAGUGACACCCCGAGGAGCAGCAUCACUGGGAAGCCUGAGCCGCUCACGGAGAAGGUGCUGAGGGAGGCCAGUUCUGCUGUCGAGGUGUUUGGAGUAGCUCUGGUUUCAGGAGCAUAUUCCAGAACGUGGUCGUAUCGAGAGGACGCACUGCUGGCUGUGUACAAGAAGCUGAUGGAAGUGUCAGUGAACACUCCAAAGGAGGAUUUGAGGACUAUGCUGAGGGCUGCUGUUUUCCUUGUAAGGAAGGCCAUCAAGGACACCGUGUCCUCAGUCUUUCAAGCUUCCCUGAAACUUUUAAAAAUGAUCGUUACCCAAUACAUCCCAAAACAUAAACUGGGUAAACUAGAGACUUCUCAUUGUGUGGAAAAGACUCUGCCAGAGUUGCUGUCUAGAACAGGAGACUCCUCCUCCAGGCUUCGCCUUCAGGCUUCUGCCUUCAUCCAGGAAAUGGCACUGUGUGCUGAAGUUCAACCUCUCCAGAUUGUCCCAGUCCGCCUGGUUAAAACACUAAAGCCAAACUGCCCAACACACCUGGCAAUGAGCCACGUGGAGCUGGUGGAAUGUCUCCUGAGAGCCAUGGGCACUGGAAACUCUGGGUUUACUGUCACCAGCGUCAUGAAGUUUGCCACAGGAGCCCUGGAGCACAGAGCCCAGGAGGUGCGUGAGGUGGCCCAGAGGAUCAUCUGUGACUUGUACAGGCAGCACAGAACUGAUGUGCUGGAGCUGCUGCCCCCAGACAACGCGGGCGCCCGCAGGACCCUGCGCUACAGAACCCUCUUCGACAGCUUCGCCAGGAUCGACGGCAAACUCCCCGAGGCUGGGGUGAGGGGACAGAGAAAGGCAACGGGAGAAGAAGCAGAGAGACAGAAGAAGGAAGAAAUGAAAGUCCUGCAGGGUCAGCUGGCAGAUAAAGAGACCCCAGCAGAGGUUCAGGCUGGAGAGGAGAAGGAAUUUGAUUUUCAGAAGCCAAAGAAUCCAGGUCACCAGGUAUAUGAGAGUCUCCAGGUUGCAGCAGCAGAGAUUCCAGAGCAUCUUCCCUCAGUUGCAAACUACCUGGAUAACCUGUGUAUUUUCUGUGGUGAGAGGAACGAGUCCUUCACCGAGGAAGGGUUGGAUCUGCACUACUGGAAGCACUGCCCCAUGUUAACCUGCUGUGAGCACUGCAGACAGGUGGUGGAGAUCUCCAGCCUGACAGAGCAUCUGCUGACUGACUGUGACAGCAGGGACAGCUUUGGGCAGUGCCAGCGCUGCACCGAGGCCCUGCCCAAGGACCAGCUGGCCAAGCACACCAAGAGCAGGAUCUGCAACCCUGCCAAACCAGCAAAUGUGGCAAACCGUUGUCCACUGUGCCACGAGAACUUUGCCCCUGGAGAGGAGGCCUGGAAAUCUCACCUGAUGGACAGAGAUGGCUGUAAGAUGAAUCAGAGGAGGAUCUGCCCCAUGAAUAAAACCAUUCUGGUGCAUCCUGCCAAAACUGGGCAGUAUUUGAGGAAAGCUGGUCCUGCUGGAGCCAAGCCUCGACCUCCCUCUGUGGGAGGCAAGAUCCCAGCCCGAGGGGGCCAAAACAGAAGCACAAGCAAAACACCCUCCAAGCGAUGA